AUGAAGUUGGAAUGUGCAGGCGAAUUCUUCCAACAUCGGUUCCGCCCGGUAGUUUGCUUCACUCCUACUAGGGUUCACCAGAGCAUUGCCGCCAGGCUAUCUCCCAUCGUACCAUUCCCCCUCUUCCCUGUCUUCCCUAUUCCCUAUUCCUCCCAAUCACUCUCUCCCCUCCUCCAAUCUCAUCCAUUCCCUCUCACUCGUAUUCCUAUCUCCUCCUCCUCCUCCUCCCCCUCUACCUAUCUCCUCCUAUUCGGCUCCCCACUCUUUGAAUCUCCUGUUUACCCUCACCCUCCUCCUCCUAACUACUCUGGUCCCUCCCCCCCUUCUUCCUAUCACCCCCUCACACCCCCUCCCCUCUUUCUAUCUCCGCUUAUCCCUCGCUCCCAUCUCUCCCUCAUGUCCCCCCUUCCUUCCCAUCAUUUCCCCCCUCCAACUCCAUCACUCCCUUCCCUCCUUCCCCUCUCCCUUUUCUCCCCCCCAGGUCCCCACAAUUUGCUUUCCAUUUCCCGCCUUACCUGCCCUUAUUUCCACCUCCUGCUUCCGCUCCUUCCCCCCCCCCUGCUUCCCCUCGUUCCCCCCCCUGCUUACCCUCUUUCCCGCCCCUUCUUCCCUGUUGUUCCCUCCCUGUUUCCCCUCUUUCCCCCCCUGAUUCCCCUCAUUUCCCUCCCUGGUUCCACUGUUCAACCCCCCUGCUUCCCCUCUUUCUCCCCCCCCUGCUUCCCCUCCUUUUUCCCCUUGCUUGCCUUCACAGUUUCCUUGCUGCGUGUCCUCUGUUUUUCCUUUGCCUACCCACCCGUUCCCCCGUGCUUGCCCUCUCAGUGUCCUUGUUGUUUGUCCCCCCCUGUCCUCCUCUCUCCGCCCUGCCAUCAUCUCUCCCCCCUGUCCUAUCUCCCUCUGUCCUCCUCUCCCCCCCCUCUCCUCCUCUCUCCCCCUGUCCUCCUCUCUCCCCCCUGUCCUCCUCUCUCCCCCCUGCCCUCUUCUCUCCCCCUUGCCCUCCUCUCUCCGCCCUAUUGUCCUUGCUCCCUCCAGUCCCACUUGUCCUCCACUCUCCCCGUCUCCUCCUCUCUCCACCCUGUCCUUCGAUCUCCCCCCUUUUCCUCUCCCCCCUGA